AUAUGUACGUUGAAAACUAGGUUACAUCUAUGUUUUAAGCAUUUAUCAUCAAUUAGGACACAAUGUACCUAGGAAAAUUUUAUGUAUUUCUAAUAGUUGUGCAUAUUAUGGUGCAAUAUUCAAAUAUUGUUCAUUCUACGGAGCAGAAAAAGAGUUUAACCGAAUCAUUUCUCAUAUAUUUCGAGAGAAAAAAAAAUUUCGAGAUACAUUGUUACGACAGAUAUAAAAGCAAAUUACAAAGUAGAUACAAGCCAAUGCGACGAAGUCCAGGAGGACCUGACCCCAAACAUCAUUAAUCCAUAAAUGAAUUGUUGUCAUUGAAGGGAAAAUAAGAACUUUGAUAUCAUAUGGUUCUAAUACUUGCAUUUUCACUUGUUUUCUUCAUAAGUAGUACUAAUAUUAAUAUAUCAAGAAUUAAAAGACCAUAGUAUGAUAUUCAAUAAUGAAUAUGUAUUCGUAUUUCAAAAAUUUUAGAUUCGCUUUGUAUGUUAUAUAUAUAUGAAGUGUUUUUAAUCUCUAUCUUUUAUUUAAAUCAAUGAUAUUUGUUAUUUUCGAAUACAAAAUUUAUAAAGUUGGUAAAUAUAAUAGAUUCUUGUGAUUCGUUCCUUUCUCGAAUCAAAGUGUAUGAGGAACACUACUUCACUGUCAAGAAUUUCAAAGUUUUCUAAAUAUUUCUCUAAUAAUGGAGAUAAUAUCAAGCCCCAAAGGCUCAUUCAGUUACUUCAAGAACCAAAUUGGAUUCAAUCUCUGGAUGAAACUAAGGCUCUUCAUGCACUCACAAUCACAAUUGGGCAAGACCCAACUCAACCCUUUUUGGCGAAUAACACUAUCAUGUUCAGGUAUUCAAUAUUCGGUGAUAUCUGCAUUGCACGCAAGGUGUUUGAUAAUAUGUCGAAAAGAAAUGUUGCGUCAUAUAAUACAAUGAUUAGUGGUUAUAGUCGAAACGGAAGUUUAUUAGAGGCUUGGAAGUUGUUUUCUGAGAUGAGGGGUUGUGGAUUUGUGCCGACUCAGUUUAGUUUUGGUGGGGUUUUGGGUUGUGAGUGUUUGGAUGUUAUUCAAGGAUUUCAGUUGCAAGCGUUGGCUGAAAAAUUGGGGCUUUUUCUCGUUGAUGCUGUAACAGGGACUGCAUUAUUGGGUUUAUUUGGAAGGAAAGGAUGGUUAGAUGAAGCUAUGCAGGUUUUCGACGAAAUGCCUAAAAGGAAUUUGGUGACUUUGAAUUGUAUGAUAUCGUUGUUUGGGCUGUAUGAAUGUGUUGAGGAGUCAAUGAUGGUGUUAAGGAGGUUGUUAAGGAGUGGAAUGGCUCCUUCUGAGAGUACUUUCGUGGGCAUAUUAGUUGGUUUUGUUGGGGAACUUGAUUUAAUAUUAGGGGAACUAGUACAUGGGUUGGUAGUGAAAGAUGGACUGGAUUUUUCUGUUUCAGUGAAUAAUUCAUUGAUUAACAUGUAUGCGAAAUGCUCUGACAUUCAUAAGGCGGAGAAAAUGUUUGAGGAUGCUCCUGUUAAGGAUGUUGUGUCCUGGAAUACAAUGGUUGGUGCAAUGGCGAAGAUUGGAAGAGCGGAUAGGGCAUUGGUUGUUUUUAGGAAGAUGUCUGUAAGUGGCGUAUUGCCUAAUGAUACGAGUUAUGUGAGUGCACUAAGUUGCUGCACUAGCCAGCAGUUUCGAUUGCUUGGGGAGUCCAUCCAUGCGAAAGUGAUGCAGAAAAAGUUUGAAUCUGAUGUAUAUGUUGGUAGUGCGUUACUUGACUUUUAUGUUAAAUGUGAUGGAUUAGAUGAUGCUCUUGUUUGCUUUGAUGAAAUAUCGGAGAAAAAUGUGGUUUCUUGGAAUACGUUGAUGUUGGGUUACUCGAGUAAAGGUUCUUCUUAUGUUAUUACGCUGCUUCAACAAAUGAUUCACUCGGGUUGUGUUCCAACUGAGUUUUCUUUUUCUAUUGCAGUGAAAUCUUCAGGACUAUCAGAGGUACUUCAGCUACAUUCCUUAUCCAUAAAAAUGGGUUACAUUGAUAAUGAUUAUGUCUCUAGCAGUUUCAUUUCUUCAUAUGCAAAAUCUAGUUCAGUUGAUAAUGCCCUAAGGUUUGUCCCUACCAAUGAAAUGCCACUUCCUGCUUUUGCUUCCAAUAUGAUCGCACAUAUUUAUAACAGAAAUGGUCAAUUCGACAAGACUCAAGAGUUGUUUUCUGACCUUGAAAAUCCAGAUACUGUAUCUUGGAAUAUUUUGAUUGCAGCCUGUUCUCGAAAUGGUGAUUACACAGAAGUUUUUGAACUUCUUGGACACAUGCGGAUGGCUAGAUUAUCUCCUGAUAGAUACACAUAUGUUAGCCUGUUUAGUGCGUGCACCAAGCUUUGUAACCUUGGUCUAGGUAGCUCACUUCAUGGCCUCAUUAUAAAGACUGAUUUUAAGCGUUGUGACACAUUUGUCUGCAAUAUCAUGAUUGACAUGUAUGGCAAAUGUGGGAGUCUUGCCAGUUCGAUCAAGAUUUUCAAUGAAAUGACAGAUAAAAAUGUGAUCACAGGGACAACCAUUGUUUCAGCCCUUGGACUACACGGUUAUGCACACGAGGCAUUAGAGAAAUUCAAGGAGAUGGAUAUGACCGGGAUUAAACCUGAUAAGGUUGCUUUCAUAGCUGUGCUUUCAGCAUGUAGGCACGUUGGAUUAGUGAAAGAGGGGAUGGAAUUGUUUGAACAGAUGAAAGGAAAGUAUGGGGUAGAACCAGAGAUGGAUCACUAUCUUAUUGCAGUAGACUUGUUGGCUAGGUAUGGCUAUCUGACAGAAGCCGAGCAGUUAAUCACUGGGAUGCCUUUCCCUCCAAAUGCUCUAAUAUGGCGCAUUUUUUUGGAAGGCUGCAAGAAAAAGAGAAGCAUAGACAAUACUGUCGCUCUUGCUUCGUAAAAUAUAUGGGUGAUCCAUACUACGACUGAAUUCUAAGUAAUGAUCAUGUUGCUUGAUGGAGCUGAUUUAUUGUUUUCUCCCAGCAACAUAUGAACAAACAGGAUACUGGUGUCUCGGUAGCAUGAUGUUGCCUCAACAGGUUACAAGGUCGAUUGAUUAUCAAGGUUGAAUAGCUUACAGAGAUCGACCUCUCCGAGCAGGAAUGACUAAGAAAUCAUCAAUUACAAAUUGGUCUAAACUAAUCACAAACAAAAACAGAGGAAACAGGUGAGAUCUAAAGAAGUCUACCAUAAGUGAACAAUGGAGUCCUGGGCUUUUGACCAUUAAGGAAUGUGGUGCAAUGGAUGAGUCUGCUGCCCCUUAACCAGAGAUCUCGGGUUCAAGCUUUGGAUAUAGGAAAAUCCUUGGUAGGGAGCACUUCCCUCUCAAAUGGGCUCUACGCAGCGCGAAUCAUAUUAGUCAGGCUCCGAUGCGAGAGGACAAAGGAGUCAUGGUCUUCUGUAAUCCAUAUUAGUCACUUGAACUAUUGACUAACAUUAGUCACUUGAACUAUUGACUUUCCACACUCCCUCGUUUAUGAAGAUGAAUUUCUACUGGUUUUAGAGUUCAAGUGAUUCACCAAAACGAUUAGACCUUAAAAGCUGCUUUUUCAAGUGAUAAUAGCGGAACAUUCUGUCGGUAUGAGGAGUUUUUUUUUUUUCUUUGGACAACUUACAUUCUAAAAAAAAACAUGUUAUAGUUUUAAUGAAUAACCUUCAUAGUACUCCAAAGUCUUGCCCAUGGCAAUAGAAGAAUACUUCAUAUGUACAUUUUUUUUAUGUACCUUAACUAGAAGUAUAUCUUUUUUUGUGAUGUAAAAGGAAGUCUCCAUAGUUUACUUUUA